GUGGAUCCCCAGGAGCCACUCAGCAGCAGAGUAAAUAAGAACCAAACCUAGAAAGUUAGGUUUCAGUCUGUUACUCAAGCAAUUAUGAACCUUAUAGCCAUUAGGUUCUGUGUUCUGACUUAAUAUUUUUCCUUUUAUUUUUAGCACAACAAAGUGUUCCUGGUUUUAUAAUUUAAUGAAAUAUUAAUUUGUUUUCCUAGCCUAUUGCUGACAAAAAGAAAAGCAUGGCAGAUCAUGGAGACAGACAUUUCAUUUUAAGAGCAUAUUACAACCAUCCUGUCCUUCUUCAGCUGCUUUACCUUGAGCCGGCCUGAAUGAAGACAAAUGUGAAGAUGGCAUGUCCAAGGAAUUUUAAAAGGUGUAGACCUCCUGACUGAGAGGUGCUGUAUAUUUCAUUCUCUUUAAUAAACUGCUGUUCUCUCACAGGUGAAAGUCAUGAUCACGCUAACAGAACUCAAAUACUUAGCAGAUGCCCAGUCAUCCUACCACAUACUAAAACCAUGGUGGGAUGUCUUCUGGUAUUACCUCACCAUGAUAAUGCUGCUAGUUGCUGUGCUUGCUGGGGCUCUCCAGCUUACUCAAACCAGAGUGUUGUGUUGUCUUCCUUGCAAGCUAGAAUUUGACAAUCAUUGUGCCGUGCCUUGGGAUUUAGUUAAAACCAACCUUAACAUGUCUGCUAGCUCUACAGCACAGAUAAUCAUCCCGCUUAAAAUCCAGAAUGAUCUCCAUCGGCAGCAGUAUUCCUAUAUUGACGCAGUAUGUUAUGAGAGACAGCUUCAUUGGUUUGCCAAAUUUUUUCCAUACCUAGUGCUUCUGCAUACCUUUAUUUUUGCAGCUUGCAGUAAUUUCUGGCUUUACUAUCCUAGUACAAGUUCCAGGCUUGAGCACUUCGUAGCAAUUCUUCAGAAGUGUUUUGAUUCUCCAUGGACAACACGUGCCCUCUCAGAAACAGUUGCUGAGCAGUCUGUGAGGAAGUUGCCAAUAGCCAAAUCCAAAGCAGUGAUUUCAUCACCUGGGAGUUCAGUAGAUAUAGGGGCUAGCAGACAGUCCCUGCCAUAUACACAACCUGGCUUGGAAACAACUGGAAGAGAAAACUCCUCGAGUGUUCUUGACAAAAAAGAAGGGGAACAAGCUAAAGCUAUAUUUGAAAAAGUGAAGAAAUUCAGAGUACACGUUGAAGAGAAGGAUGUCAUAUAUAAAGUGUAUAUGAAACAGAUCAUAGUCAAAGUCAUUGUGUUUGUAAUAAUAAUAAUUUAUGUUCCCUAUUAUUUAUCCUUCAUUACACUUGAAAUAGAUUGUGUAGUUAAUGUUCAAGCCUUUACAGGCUACAAAAGGUACCAGUGUGUUUAUUCACUAGCAGAAAUUUUUAAAGUUCUGGCUUCGUUUUAUGUUGUUUUAGUGAUCUUCUAUGGCUUAACUUGUACAUACAGUUUGUGGUGGAUGUUAAGAAGUUCACUUAAGCAAUAUUCUUUUGAGAAGCUGAGAGAGAAGAGUAACUACAGCGAUAUACCUGAUGUAAAGAAUGACUUUGCAUUUAUUCUCCACUUGGCAGAUCAGUAUGAUCCUCUUUAUUCCCAACGAUUUUCAAUAUUCUUGUCUGAUUUGAGUGAAAACAAACUGAAACAGAUUAAUCUGAACAAUGAAUGGUCAGUGGAAAAACUGAAAAAUAAACUAGUAAGAAAUUCCCAGGACAAGAUUGAACUUAACCUUUUUAUGUUAAAUGGUCUUCCAGACAGCGUAUUUGAACUGACAGAAAUAGAAGUCCUAAGCUUGGAACUUAUUCCCGAAGCCAAACUUCCUUCUGCUGUGACCCAGCUAGUCAAUCUCAAAGAACUCAACGUUUAUCAUUCAUCACUAACUAUGGAUUAUCCAGCAGUGAGCUUUUUAGAAGAAAAUCUGAAAACAUUACGUCUGAAAUCGAGUGAGAUGGGAAGAAUUCCCUUUUGGGUCUUUCAUCUGAAAAACCUUAAAGAAUUGUGCUUAACGGGAUAUUUCGUGCUAGAUCAUCACAACUCCAUUUACAAUGAAAGCUUUCAGGGACUAAAAAGUCUGAGAUCAAUUCACUUAAAAACCAACCUUUCCCGUAUACCUCAAGUGGUUACAGAUCUUCUGCCUUCUUUGCAACACUUGUCUAUCAACAACGAGGGAAAUAAAUUGAUAGUGCUAAAUAACUUGAAGAAGCUGGUAAACCUGAGAACCUUGGAAUUAAUCUGCUGUGAUCUAGAGCGCAUUCCCCAUUCUAUUUUCACCCUAAACAAUUUGCAUGAAAUUGACUUAAAAGAAAAUAAUCUCAGAACAGUGGAAGAAAUAAUUAGUUUUCAGCAUCUUAAGAACCUUUCUUGCUUAAAACUGUGGCACAACAGCAUUUCAUAUGUUCCAGUGCAGAUUGGUGCAUUAUCAAACCUGGAACAACUGUAUCUAAAUUACAAUAAUAUUAAAAAUGUUCCAUUGCAGCUAUUUCUUUGCAAAAAGUUGCAAUAUUUGGAUCUUAGCUAUAAUAAGCUAACCUCUAUACCUGAAGAAAUCAGUUAUCUGACCAAUCUGCAGUACUUGGCUUUGACAAAAAACCAUAUUGAAAUGCUGCCUGAUGGAUUAUUUCAGUGCAAAAAGCUGCAAUUUCUUCUUCUGGGAAAUAACAGUCUGAUGAAUUUGUCCCCUUGUGUGGGUCAGCUACUGAAUCUUGUUCAAUUAGAGCUCAUUGGAAACUAUCUUGAAUCACUUCCUGCUGAACUAGAAGAAUGUCAGUUCCUAAAACGGAAUAGUCUAAUUGUAGAAGAAAGGUUGUUAAAAACACUUCCACCUCGUGUAAGGGAGCGUUUGCAGACAUGCUCAGAUAAGUGCUAAGCUUGAAAUGAAACUCUAUAUCAGUGCAUCCUGUAAGCCUUUUCACUUAAUACUCUCUAAAGAUCUGUAUAGAUGGAGAGAAUAGCAGUUUACAGAUUAGUCUUAAACCUAAAUGCAUUGAACAGAGUUUAUUGUAUUGGAAAAUAAAAAUGUUUGGACUUGAACAAAAAAUACAGCCUUUAACAGGUAAUCACAUAUUUGGAAAGUCUGAAAUAUGAAUUGCCAAUUUGAUUCUACUAUUUGAAAUAACUUAGUUAAACGUCUAUGAUGGUAUCGGAAUGGAAGAGUUGAUUGCCUGGCUACAGUGAGUGUGUGUAUAUACUUUUUUUUUCCUAUGGGAAAUUUAUUUCUGUUGAUAGUGAUAAUUUUAAACAGUUUCAUCUCCUGCCAUAUGAGGCCUAAAAACUGUCUGGAAUUAGUUUCUAAAUGUGAACUCUUCACUAACUUAGAAUAUCUUAAAUUGAGAAUUUAAACUAUUUGAGCAGUUCAAUUGCAUGGGAUAUACUGAAAAUCAUUUUUCAAGAUACCUUAAUUUUUGAAGAUUUUUGACAAGUACUAAGCAUUAAUUUUAUAAUCGUGGAAGAUGCCAUUUAUGUCUUGCUAUUAAAACCAGUUGGGCAAUAAUAUCUGAAAUCAGUUUCAGUAUUUUUGUCUUAAAUAGUAAGUACAAAAUGUUGCCUAGAAAUUGGGAGGAACCAGAAGAAUCUGGAAUAACUGUUGUGCAUGUGUACUAGUCAAAUUUUACAGUACUGAUUUUCAUAGAUUAUGAUGGCAAACAGAACACGAUAAGGUUAUAAAGCUGUCUUCUGUGUGUUGUGAGCAUCCCAGGUGUCAGUGUAAUCUAUGUUGCUAUUUAAUGUUUUUUAUAACCUCUCACUUACUGACUGCCUCAGUGCUUCUCCAUGCCCAGUUAUGGUAUUUUGGUGGCUGAGGAGAGGAAGAAAGAGGUAUGUGUUAGAUAGGAACUGAAAAACAAAGUUAAAACAAACCAAAUAGUCACACAGUUCAUAAGUACCUGGGAGGGAAAACCAGGAAAACGUUAUAAACUUUGUCUCUUUGAGGGAUGGAAUAAUUUCAUAAUUAACAGUGGUGAAAUAAGUUCUUAUGCCAUCCUUAAUACUUGCAAAACUGGAUGGAAAUAAAAUGGUUCCUGACUU